GGACCAUGAUGGAGCACCGUAACACAGCAGUAGUGUCUCCAAAAUAAACGAUGGAUCUCCAAGAGGAGGGAGGUUCAAGAAUCAGGAGAUCAUAUAGUAAGAAUAGAGACCAGGAGACUUCAGAGAACCAGCCAAUAAGAUGAUGCCAUGAGAGCAAAUAAAAGAAAUAUGGAUACAAUGUGACCAAAUAUACAAACCAGGCAAGAAAUUUGAGUAGCAAAUUGAACACUGGUUCACAUCUUGAAGCCCAAAUCACUAUUACUAUAUAAAAUAUCGAAGCCCCACCACAGUCCCAAGUCCCAUCCUUGAUCAUUUAUCUCCCUCUACCUCUCACACACUCACUGUUUCUCACUCUCAUACACAUAUACAUACAAAGAAGUAUCAUACCAUAUUACUUGCUAUUACUAGCUAGUCGCUACUAGUUUCCAAGGUUUAGAUGGCUGAGAAGUGGAAGCUAUCGAAGAAAGAAGGUUCAUCUUCUUUCACAAGAAGUUUCUCAACAAAGAGUUCAUCUUCCAAGGCUCCUCUCUUGAGGAGCUCAUCCCUUAAAAUCUCUUCUCCGAAGUGUCCUCUUCCAAGGAGUUACUCUCAAAAAAGCUCUUCCAUUUCACGUAAAUGUAGUAGCUUAGCCAAGGAACAGAAGGCAAGGUUUUAUAUCAUGAGGCGCUGUGUUGCCAUGCUUGUUUGUUGGCACAAACACGGUGAUUCUUGAAGGAACAUGCAAAGAGAUCGAGUAAGGGAUUAAAUGUAUCUUCUUGGUUGCUUCUUCUUCCUUUUUUGCCCUUCCCUUUUUCUUUCUGAAAGAUGGAUGUUGGGCUUGGCUGAACUCGUAAAUUUUCUACCGUCUGACCAAGAAGACAUUGGUAUCCUAGAGAGUUAAUAUCAGUUGUAAUUACAAUUUGAAGAGCUAGAAUUUUCUACUUUUUUUGCAAGAGAUCAUACAUCAAAUAUAAUCCAACAAAAACUCCAAAUAACCUUUUUAAUUCAUUGAUUUUUAUUUUCUCUGCAUGCAUUCUUAGUCCUAUUGGAUCUCAACACUAGCAGGACUUGUUUUGCUCUGUUAUUGGGGAGCUGUCUGAUAGCAGUCUUAUCUCAUCUCUUCUCUGUU